AGAUGACUGAUCAACUGUGAAAGGACAGCAAAAUCCCAGCUGCAUUCUUGGUAAAAUUUAGAAUAACAAACGAAAACAUUUACUACAGCUAAGAAAAAUAUGGACAAUAGUAACCAAACUGUUGUUGUAACAGGGUUUGAGCCAUUUGGAGAGCACACUAUUAAUGCCAGUUGGGUAGCAGUCCAGGAACUGAAGAAGCUGGGCCUGGGAAAGGACAUAGACCUGCAUGUGUAUGAGGUGCCUGUCGACUACCAGGCAGUCCAGAGUUUGAUUCCAUCACUAUGGAAGCAGUAUCAUCCCCAGUUAGUGGUCCAUGUUGGAGUCUCAGGUAUGGCCACCACCGUUACCUUAGAGAAAUGUGGCCGUAACCAUGGCUACAAGGGUCUGGACAACAGCCGCUUCUGUCCCCAUUCUCAGUGUUGCAUUGAGGGGGGCCCAGACUGCAUUGACUCGGUUAUUGACAUGGAAUCGGUCUGCAAAAGAGUGACAGCCUCUGGACUAGGAGUAGCAGUCUCCGUAUCAAAAGAUGCUGGCAGAUACCUCUGUGACUUCACCUACUACACCUCUCUGUACCUGAGCCAUGGGCACUCCGCAUUCAUCCACGUGCCUCCCAUAGAGAAGCCUUAUAGUGGAGUGGACUUGGGUAGGGCCCUCCAAGCCAUCAUACAAGAGAUGUUGGACAUGCUCGACCAAACCGAAGAGAAGAUCCACUGCCAGUGUGUGCACUAAUUUACCUGUGAAAGCCAACUGCCUUUAACCCCUUACACACAAGAGAGAUUAUGCACUUAACCACAACUAGCCAAACAAUGUUUUUGUUUCAUUACCUCUUCUGGUGCAAAUUCAAAGAUGGCAACCAUACAGACACUUCCAGUUGACUUAUUUCACCGCCAUUUUGUCACAUUCUUCAUUGCUGUUUCCUCAAGCUCUUGACCUGGCCCAUUUUUUUUUAUCUUAAUGGUUAUGAUGAGGUGAGUAAAGCUGGUUCGGUGUUUUGGUGUAACGAGCUUUCCCCACAUUCUGUGGACACAGAAGAGAUUGAGCAAGACGAUUUGAACUGGAAUAACAGGAAUUGACAGAAGUGAGCCACAUGCUUGUUCUAAGAGCGCUACUCUUUUUGAAUCUGUUGUUGAGAAGCUUCCAUGGUUUUGACUCUUUAUCCAUACUUACACUGCUAUCUCAGAAACAGGGUUAGUGUAUGGAAUAGCCCUUUUUUGCAUCAACUCAAUGUACAAGUUCCACAUUAUUUAUUGUUAUCUAUCUAGUUAUUUAAGGGGAAUUUCUGUCUUUGGUUGUUAUUCAUCAUAUCUUGAAGGAGUUAUUUUUGUAACCAGCUUUUUCAUUAAAGUCUUAGGCGUCC